UGUGUCGGGGACGCGCAACUGCAGCAGAAGGGGGGAGGAACCGUCGGUUCUCCGGUAAUUUAUGCGGAGGGGCGGAGAGAGAGAACCGGAGAGCGACGGGCAGCCGGACCGUGCUGAAGCACCGAACCAGCGCCGAACCUGCACCGACGGAACCCCCGCGGCCCGGAGCGGUUCCCCCCCGCCAGGUGCGUCGAGCUGCGGCCGCCGCUGCUCAGGAAGCUCCGGGGAGAAGAGCUCCGGUUAGUCGGUGAUUCGGAGCUCGAUUCGGGGGGAGAUUUUCACCAGAAAGGCGGAGAACCAGGACACGCGCCGACCCGAACCUCCAGCUCCGCCGCCCCCGAUGGGUUAGAACCGAGCUGGGACUCCACAGCAGCCCGCCGAGCCUCCGAGCUCACACCUGCGCACACCUGCCCGGGCCGAGCCGCAGCGGCCGGAGAAUGAUGUAGAGCCGCGCCGCCUCCAGCAGCUCCAGCUCCGCAUCGAACCGACCCGAACCGCCCCAGCAGCAGCCCACCAUGCCGGCCGGGAUGAAGCCGCUGGAGAAGUUCCUGAAGAAGCAGACCACGGCGCUGACCCGGGCGGGAGGCUUCGUCGGCGGGGUGACGGACAAGGCCAGCGGCGGCACCGGGGCGUCCCGGCGGAGGGCGAGCCUGUCCCGGGUGGUUCCGUUCUUCAGGGAGACGUCACCGGAGAGCGGCCAGGCCCGGGAGGUGUUCAGCCCCGACAGCGAGGACCCGCCCUCCUGGCCCUCGGCGGCAGGGACCGGUCCGGUCUCGGUGCCCGGCAGCGCCAACAGCUCUGGUUCCGGUUCCGGCGACGUCCGCAGCCCGUCUCUGUCCAGCGACGAGCAGAGUUCUGAGGCCAGCCUGGUCACCGAGGGAGGAGGGACGCCACUGCACCCCGACACCCCCGACAACCUGACGCUCGCCGUGCUGGACAGCGUGGCGGGAAAACGCUUCGGACACUGUACAGAAACGCUGCUGGAUGACUUCAUGUUGACACAUCCCAUCUUCCUGACGGCCGACAGGCUCCAGCAAGUCCUGCUGCAGCAAUUCAGUUUUGAGGGAGACAGAGGGGGGAGGGAGGGGGAGAGGAGGGAGGAGGGGAGAGGAGGAGGACGCGGAGGUGAUGAAGAUGCAGAGGCGGCCAUGAUGGAUGCAGCAGAGAGGAAGCAGGCAGUGCUGAAUGUGGCGUUCAGGUACCUGGAUACCUACAGAGAGCUGCUGCAGGAGGAGGGAGAACGCAGCAACAGCUUCCCCAAGGAGCUGUACCUGUGUGCGGUUCAGGAACUAACUCGGUAUCCUGAACUGGUCGAGGACGUCCUGAAACUGCAGAGAUGGACCGAGAUCUUACACUGCCCCUCUGAGGAGGAGAAGGAAAGCAGGAAGAAGCAGGUCCGACCUCUGUUCAGACACUUCAGACGCAUCGAUGCCUGUUUGCAGCCUAGAGAGGCGUUCAGGGGCUCCGACGAGAUCUUCUGCAGGGUUUACACUCCGGACCAUUCCUACGUCACUAUCCGGAGCCGGUUGUCCUGCCGAGUUGGAGAGAUUCUGGCUCUGGUCCGAGAGAAGCUGCAGUACAGCGAGGACCAGCCGGUUCUGCCCGGAAACCUCAUCCUGGUGGCCGUGACGUCAGCCGGAGAGAAAGCGGUGUUUCGUCCGAGCGAUGAGGCUGUUUUCACCACGCUGGGAGUCAACACUCACCUGUUCGCCUGCGAACCGUCCGAACUGGACUCACUGUUGCCUCUGCCUGAAGAGAUUCACUGGAGUCCUGGAGACAGUAAACUACACGACAUGUCAGCUGAGGAGGUUUCUAACCAGCUGGUGGUUUUUGACUGGGAGCUGUUCAGCUGCGUGCACGAGGUGGAGUUUGUGUGCUACGUGUUUCAUGGUGAACAGUCUCGCUGGCGCCCCCUGAACCUAGAGCUGGUACUGCAGCGCUGCAGCGAGGUGCAGCACUGGGUCGCCACGGAGAUCCUGCAGUGUCAGUCGCUGCCGAAGAGGAUCCAGCUGCUGCGCAAGUUCAUCAAGAUCGCAGCGCUCUGUAAGCAGCAGCAGGACCUGCUCUCCUUCCUGGCUGUGGUUCUGGGUUUGGACAAUCCGGCCGUCAGCAGACUGAGACUCACCUGGGAGGGUCUACCAGGGAAGUUCAGGAAACAGUUCCAGCAGUUUGAAAGCAUCGCGGACCCGUCCAGGAACCAUAAGUCCUACAGAGACCUGAUCACCAGCCUGAGGCCUCCUCUGAUCCCCUUCACUCCUCUGCUGCUCAAGGACUUGACGUUUCUUCACGAAAGCUGCAAGACGUUUCACGGUGAACUCGUCAACUUUGAGAAGAUGCAUAAAGUGGCCGAGAUGGUGAGGAUCAUCAGACGCUACAGGAGCAGUCAGCUAGCCAUGGAUACGGAGACGUCCCCCUCCCACCUGCAGACAAAGGCCUACGUCCGGCAGCUGCAGGUCAUCGACAACCAGAACUUGCUGUUCGACAUGUCCUGCAAGCUGGAGCCCAAAGACACGUAGAGCGACGGACGGCGAGGACGAAGGCGAGGAAACUUCAACCCUCCUCCUCAACACCUGCCUGAAAAAAAACACCUUUUAGUUCAUUUGUUCAGAGCCGCUCGCCAACCAAAACAUCUCGGUGUCCUCGUCCCGCUGCGACCAUUUUGUCUCCAUGUUUGUCUUUGUUGAAACAUUCGUCUGAGCUGCAGGUCUGGAUUCUAAUAGCCAAUCAGGACCUACAUCAUCAGCCAAAACCAGGCAUCCAAUCAGAAUCCAGACAAUCUGACACCUAACCGACAUACUCUGGGUUUGUCUUUCUGAGCUUAAUGACUUCCUGCUGUCUUCUUCUUCUGUGGUGGUUUAACAGCAGCCUCAGCGCCACCUGCCGUUUACUGGACGGAAACACUUAAAAUCUGCGUUUUAUUCGUCUGGUUUUCUGGGAAUUUGGUUAAAAUUCGUGCUAAACUUGGAUGCAUUAAGAAGACGUUACCAUCACCUCUUUGGUCUGUCUUUACCAUCGCCAUGGUUGUGCCGCUAUUGGACAGUCGUCACAUCAGGUGACAGAAGUGGAUAAAACUGUCGGACUGGCAGAAGAAGUUGCAGUUUGUAUUAAAAUUCAGCUCCUGAGCAUCGAUCCGACUCGAUUCCAGAUUCUGUGCAGCUUCAGAACAAAUCAAAGGAUGACUGAAGAGUUAAAAGUUAAAAUCAAAAGCAGAAUCAACAAAAACAUCUCAAAAGCCAACAGUUUUGACGCUGCAGGUACAGCAGGUCUGCAAAGAUCCAACCGUGACUUGGUAGAUUUCUGAGGAUUUUUUCUUGCACCUGCAGCAGUUAAUCAGUAAUUUAUGAUUAAAUGAUCUUUUAUUUCAUGCAAAAGUGCCAAAACUCUUCAGGGCUCCAGCUGCUCAGAUGUAAGAACUUUGCUGCUUCUCCUUGUUGUAGUUUUCAAGCAUUUUCAGGCUUCGUUUUUUCACAGAUUCUUGCAGAGACAUGAACCUGUUUAUACUGGAAAUGAUCAUCAGCCGCAACGUUUUUACUGUCGAGUUUCUGCAGAGCCAGCCAAGCGGAAAAACACCUCGACAGGAAUCACCGAACAUAAUAAUGUCUCGACAACCUUCAGCAGAUCUAAAAGCUGCACGAGGACAAACUGCCAAACAACACGUGGAUAAAACGUUCUCGAGGACGUGAAGAUUCUUUGAGCGAGGAAUCCGUCAGUUUAUCCAGAGUCAGGCUGCAGCAGCUGCUCGUAAGUCCAUCAGGCUUAAAAGCCUUCAAACUACGACUUGCUAAACCGCAAAUAUCUGAUCAGAACAUCAGAUUUCUGGAGUAUGAUUCGGACUGCAGGAAUUUAGUUUCAUUUACUGUUUCACCAUGACAGCCAAAAACUGUCCACAAAUAUCUGAAAUGACAGAGGAAAGAAGUUAUAAAAAAAAACACUAAAUUUGGAUGAAGAAAUGUUAAAAAUGAAUGAAAAAUGACCAAAGGGAGACAGAAAAACAUUGUCUCUUUUAUAAUCGGAUGAAAAACUGUUGAAAACCAUUUAAAACUGACCAAAAAAAGACCAAAAAGCAUCCACAGUUCAAUGGAAAACGGUUUAAAAAUUCGUGAAACUGAUCAAAAACUGGCAAAAAUUGGUUGCAAAGUUUUUAAAAAUCUUUGAAAAAUUACCAAAAGGAGAUGCUCAAAAGGUAAAAAACAUAAUCAAAAUGACAUGAAAACUCAUCAGAAAGUCAAGAAAACCAACCAACAGUGAUGAAAAAUGUGAAGCUGAAUCAGGAAACACUUGAUUUACGAGCUGCUGCUGCUGAGUCCAGGACGGUUCAACCUCUGAGACACUGAAGCAGUUUUCCUGCAGGUGGAACUUUGAAUUUCCCAGUUUACACUCUUGUGGAUUUCAUAUAUUUUUCCAUGAAAUUUAAAAACGCUUUUCCAUGAAAUACCGACUGACGUUUGGUCUAUGAGCUGCAUUAUUCCACUGGUUCGGCAGCGAUGCGUUCACUGACAGUACGACAACGGAGGACGUUCUGGAUGACAGUGUAGAUGCUGGUUUUCUACCAAACAACAUCUCAGUUUUUUUUUCUUUCAGGACUUUUGCUGAUGAACAUUAAAACGUCUCAGUGUUUUAUUCUCCAGCAGGAGGUUCAGAGAUUCACUUCGCUUUAAAGGACCAAACAGUUAACUGCUUUCACCUCAUUUCCUGAAGCUUACAUCCUGAAUCUGUCUGUGUCUGACCACUUCUAAUCGAUUAAUCAAAUAGCUGUCAGCUGUUAAAUUAAUCACCUAUAUUUUAAUAAUAUUUUACAAAUUUUUAAAGGAAAUAACGGUAAAUCCUCUGAUUCUGGACAGCUUCUCUGGGUUCUUUCCUCCUCACUGACAGUAAACUGAAGAUCCACGUUUCUCAUCAUUUUAUGGUCCGAACAGAGAAUAGUUUAUUAUUAAUCAGUCAAAAUAAUUACUUACAAUCACACGAAAUGAACAGAAAGAUUCAGAUUAAUUGUAGAAACGCUAAAAACUACGAGAUGCGAAACACACAACUGAUCAAAUGGAUUGAAAAUCCCAAAAAUGAAGGAAAACUGGCUGCAAAAUGGAUAAAAGCACUUUAAAAGUCACAAUCGAUGACAUUCAUAGACUAAACAGCUAAUUGAUGAAUCCAGAAAAUAAGCUGCAGUGUAAUUUUUAACAUUCAUGUCAACAGUUUGAUUUGAACAAAAUGUGGUGAAAAUUUGUAAAAACUUCGGUUUGGUCCUUUAACAGAACGACUGAACCGAUCAGAAGCUGAUCGGACUGAUAUCAGCUGAUCGAUCAGCAGACAGAAACACCUCCUUUUUCUCAGCGUUUGGAUCGAACUACUCCGACCAAUCGGCUUUCAGGAAGGACCCGAUUUCCCCCAACAGAGCUGCCCUUCCAUUGGUCGGCUCGGGUCGAGGUCCGAGGCAAUAACAGGAGCGACAGCGAGCCGAUCGGUCGACUUUCUCGCAUCAACGAAGCACUUUUGCCAAACCUCAGGGCUCAGAGACACGGAGAGGUUUUGUUUACUCUUUUCUUCUCGGUUCAAUAGACUCAGUUGUGUUGCGGUUGAUUGUGUUUGUACAGCUGAUCACACUCCAUAUUUACUCAAUAAUAGAAACCUGCAGAGUUGUUGUUUUUAUGCUGUGAUCACCACCAGGUCUGAGUCCAGCCGACUCCCAAACUUUAUCCACUUUGGGUUUUGACAGUCCGAGCCGUGUGCACUGUAAAAAAACAAAAACACCUCAGCUCAAGUCGUUUCGAUCCAGGAGUCACGUGGUAGAAAACGUUAUAUAUCGAAAACUAAGACCCAGAGGACAUUUAGUGAAACUACAUUGUUAAACCCUACAAAGCUAAUCUAUGAUACGAUACCUUCUUCUCUAAACAUAUCAGUUAGAGUAUUUUUGAUCUGUUGAGUUCAACGCAAGUAAUUCAAUAACUGAUAAUCAUGAUUUUUGACACUCAGAGCCAUGUGCACUGUGAAAAAGCCAUAAAAAGUAAUGUUUUUGUUUUCAAGUAAUUUUGUUACAGGAGUCGUGGUAAAAGAUGCAAUUUGUCAGUAAAUAAACUGAGGGAAAUUUAUUAAUAAACUGUAAAAGGAUGAAUAAAUCAACCUGGGAUGCAAACCUUGAACAAUUUUAUUAGCUAACAAUCAGCAGCGUGGCAAAACUCAAUUCAUUUUAAACACAAAAUGUGGUCGGAGGUCAUUAAGUAACACAUAAGACUUUAUCAUGAUGCCCGUUGCUAGCUAAACUCCCAAAAUGCUCUCUGCUUUUCAACAUGAACUGUAGUCUGAAUGACGCCUCCUCUGGUCUCUACAGCAUUUCACAGUAAGAGGCUCCACCUGGUGGAACAACCAGGUACUACAGCUGAUCUACGAUACAUUUUGUGACAUGCAUGGUCUUUACCUUAUCGGCUAAUAUAUUUUUAAUCUGUUAAAUUAAUAAUGCAACUACUUGAUUAAUGGAUAAUGAAAGGACUAAUAUAAACCUUGUAUUUUCGUAAAUUUUGUUUUGGAAAAAAUAUUUCCUUAGUUUAUUUUUCUAAAAAAUUGCCAUUUUUCACCACCUGACCCCUUGGGGCCUCCAUAGAAGGACCUCUUGCAGUAAAAGUUAAAUUACAAGCUUACUGAUGCCUAUCUGAACAAAUCAUCUAUUUUCUGUCAGUAACUUUAAUCUUGUUUGUUCUGAUUAAUGUAAAUGUCAAAAUUUACUGAAAAACAAAAGAUCCGAUGUUACAGUUUUACUGAAACGGCUUCAGAGUGAAACAGUGCAGAAGAACUUUUCAAGACUGACGACAAAAUGAAUUUCAGACUGAGGCUUGUUUUUUUGCAGUUUACUGAAGAGUUUCACUCCAAGAUGUUUGUGUUCUGCUGAUUCUUCAGUAAAAAGUGUAAGUUUAUUGGAAAAUUCACCAUAUUUUUGAGAUAAUGAGGAAAUGUACAAACAAAAGUUAAAUAUAGUGAUUUAUUCUAGUUGUCACAGUUAAUUUGGUGAAAGUCUUUACUUGCUACACACCACACACUUAUUCUAAAACUAUAUUUUUAUUUAUGAGGAGAGUUUGAGUGAUUUGUCUUUGGGUUGAAGCUCUUCGGUGGUUCAGGUGUUUGUAAAAAGUGCGUGAAAAGCUGCAAAUGUUCUCUGUGCUCAGCUCUGGUGGAACGUGAGACUUUAUCGUCCUCCAUCUGUAUCAUAACAUCCAUCUAUAUAAUCUCAGUGAAGCAGAACCCGUCCAGAACCAACAACCAGCAACCAGAACAGACCUGCAGGUUUUAGUCUCAAUUCAAGUCUGUUUUAUUUCCUUUCUGUUUAACAACCUGAAUCUUAUUUUCGUAACUUUGAGACUUCAUGGACUUUAGAGAUCUUUGGAUACUGUUUUUUUAAGUAAAGUAAUAAUUGUGCCAGAACAGAACCUGCUGUAAAGGAGCAAUCCGACAUUUUCUGUCUAUGGAUUUUAAAUCCAGACUGAUGAAAGUCAGAUCUUUUGAAGUGAGUGUGUUUGAUUCUGGACGGGACAAAACCUUCGACACAUCUCCGUUUUGACAAGACCCUUCAUAUAGUCAAGCGCUUGAAUUCACAAGAAAACGAGUCUGAAAUGUUAGUUUUUCAAAAUUCCUUGAAAACAUGAUUUGAACCUCAACAACAUGGAUUUGUUUUAAACUCCAAACAGCACAAGUUAAAGUUGGAGCUCCUAAAAUUAUUUCAGAUUUCCAAGACGCAAAUUUUAGUUUGAACUUUCAAGCAAAAGUUUGAACUCAAACAGCAGACUUUAAACCUGAGAGUUGUUCAAGCUCCGACCAACACGACUCCAAAAAACACAAGUUCAAACCUCUCAGAGAACUUCAAACUCACCUGAAACUGACCAAACAGCAACAACAUGAGUUUGUCUGGAGCUCCAAACAUCAGGUUUAUUAUUGAACUCUCAAAACACGAGUUUGAGUUCAAAGUACCAGGAAUUUAUACUAAAUUUACAUUCAAGUUCCCAAGAUCACAAAUGUAGGUUUUUUUUUCAAGAACUAACUCCAAUUCGAAUUUCCAAUCAUAAAAAUUCAAACCUCACUGAACACAUAUGAACUUUCCUGAAACUUCCAAGAACUUCAGUUCAGAUCUCUGACAGUAUGGUUGAAACCAAGAAUACAAGUUUGAUUAGAACUUCAAAGUUCCAUCUUUCAAGAACACAAGUUUUUUCUUGCAAUGAUUCCAUCAAACUCCAAUGAGGUUAAACUACCAACAAAUUCCAAAAACCUGGAGUUUAAACUUGUAGGUUCUUGAGUUUGAACUUUCUUGAACUUUCAGGUGACUCAGGUUUAAUCUCAAAGUUAAACUCAUGUUUGUGCUUGAAGUCUACUAACUUCGAGUUUGAAGUUCCAACAUCUAAGGUUUCUAUUUAUGGUCUCAGCAGCAGAAGGUCAGACUUCUUGUUUCUGGGUCGCCAUGUUUCUGAUUUGGUUGAAGAACUCGGGUUUUUAUUUCAAACACCCAAGAAUUAAAGUUCUGGUUUAAAUUACAGAUUUCAGUUUGAACUCCCAAGAAACCAAGUUCUCAAAAACUUGAACUUUCAGUCAGUACAAGUUUAAACUAGUUGCGUCUAAACUGUCAAGAACAUCCGAGGUUUCUGUCUCUCGUCUCAGCAGCAGAACUUGAGACUCAUUGGUUUCGGUCACCGUGUUUCCAGUCGGGUUUAAGAACUCGGGUCUUGUCGAGGCAGAGACGUUAGCGUUAGCUGGUCGGGUCCAAAGUGUGAAACCCAGUGAAGGUUCUUCUCGAUCAUCACUAGUCUGCCGGUGGCCCUCAGGACCACUUCCUGGGUGUCGGCGCCUCGUUAUGGACCCCAGCGAAGUUCUACUGUCGAAACAAAGCUGCUUUACUGUAAACUGACUCAUUUUAACCUGAUCAACCCUCCAAUCACAGCUUCUGCUGGGGUCCAUAAUUCAGACGGCUUCCUGGGUCGAAGCCGUCCGCCGCGUCACCCGUAAGAAAACACUGAGAAAAUAAGAUAUGUAAAUACUGCAACCCUGUAAAUAAGCAAAUACUAACGGAGACUCUAUUUUAUGUAUGAGCGGAGCAAGAGUGGCGCUAACUCAAGGAGAAACCUUUGAUUUGGUGUUUUUUAUUUGUGUAAAGCGACGAUGGAAAGAGUAAGAAAUGAAUUUCUGACUUUAUGAAUUGUACAGUCGAAUCUCCUCAGUUUGAUCGUUCUGUUGUUUUCUAUCUGAAGCUUUGGGUUGUUUCUGUUUGGUUUUUUGUACAGAAGUGGUUGUUUACAUCCAUUCAAGUCCUUAUUUCUGUGAGACGACGUGAUUGGAGCAGAGGUCUGGCAGGGGGCGGGGCCUCACUACAAGCAAAGCUUAAAACAAAAUCUUGACCUUGACAAUUGGAGGAUUAUAAUGAUUGUAAUGAAUGAAAAACGUUAUUUUGAGAGAAAUUUGAGCAAAAAGAAUCAAAAUUUUAUGACAUUACAGAAAAAGCUUUUUUGACAGUGUAUUUUUUUAUAUAUUUUUUAAAGAUUAAAAAAAAUAUUCAUUUUUAUUUUAUUAGAAUAAUGACAAAAAAGUGAAUAUUUUAAGAAACAAGUUGCAAUAUGUAGAAUUUAGUCGUUAUUUUACAAUUCAAGAAUUAAGCUGUAAUUUUAUGAGAAACAACUAAUAUAAAAUGAAGCUAACUUUAUUAAAGAGUUGAUUAGAGAAAUAUUUAUGAGAAAGUCGCAAUGUUUCACAUUGUGGUUAAAAAUAUAAUAAUAUGAAAACAUUUUUACAAAGAAAAUGUCAUUUUAAAAAAACUUUAACAGAAUGAUAUGUAAAUAUACGCAGUUUUUUAAUUUUGCUCGAACAUAAGUCAUAUUUUUAUUAUGUUGAAUCAAAUAAUGAAAAUAUAAUUCGAUAAUAAUUCUUUACAUUCCAAAAAAAAGUGGAACAAACAAAAACAAUGUUAAAAUUUGUUGUAGUAAAAAAAAAUUGAUUCAGCAAGAAAAAUCUGAGUAUUUUCGAAGUAAAGUUUGAAGUUUGUGUUAUAGUAAAGUUACAUGAUGAAAACAGAAAUGAAGAAAAAAUCUUUACAUUCCAGAAAUAAAAGGGAACAAACAUAAAUAAGUAUGAAUCUAUUUGUAGUAUUAUUAAGUCUGUUUCAUUCAUUUUCUAUCAUGAACAAGGUUUUGUCUUCUUCGAUUCUUAUUAAAUUACUUUAUGAACGUAUUAUACUUCUCAUAAAAUGAUAUUUCUACUCAUAAAGUGUGACUUUUUAAAAAUAAAAUAAAAUUUUUUUUAUUUUACAGUUUUUCUCCUUAAAUAUCACCCUUAUGUUGAAAUAUUGAACAUGUUGGUUAAUUUCCUCACAAAAUUACAGCUUUUUUCUGGAUGACUUUAGUUGAUUUGAUGGAUUUUUAAAAAUAAAAUUAUUAGUUUUUCUGAAAAUGACCACCGUCAUAUUGAAACCAGUGAAAUCGUGUUAAUGCACUUUAACCUGAAGUGAUGUUUUUGGAGUUUUUGUAAAUUCUCCUUUAAGGUGACGACAGUAUUUUAGAAUGAGACAAAUCUGUGAUGAUGUGGAUUUUAAUCAGAAAAUGAAACUAUCUAAAGCAGAGACCUGACAUGUAGACAUUUAUUGAUCGUCUUACUGUAAAUGUAUUGAUCAGAUAUCGGCUGUUCCUCCUGCAGACCUGUGCUCCCCCUGUUGUCACACUGCAGACACUGAAAUAAAACCUCUGGACAACA